AAGAGCUUGUAACUAGCUGGUCUUUUGAGGACAGAAUCUGUACCAGACUUUCAGAGAACAUUACUCCUACUUCACGAAGCUCCACCAUGAGACGAGGUGGAUGGAGGAAGAGAGCUGAAGAUGACUGGGAAAAAUGGGGUGGGUAUAUGGCUGCCAAGGUCCAGAAAUUGGAGCAACAGUUUCGAUCAGAUGCUGCUAUCCAGAAGGACGGAACUUCUUCAACAAUUUUUAGUGGCGUCGCCAUCUAUGUUAAUGGAUAUACAGAUCCAUCUGCUGAGGAAUUGAGGAAGCUAAUGAUGUUGCAUGGAGGCCAGUAUCACGUGUAUUAUUCCAGAUCCAAAACAACACACAUCAUUGCCACAAAUCUUCCUAAUGCCAAAAUCAAAGAGUUAAAGGGAGAAAAAGUAAUUCGACCAGAAUGGAUUGUGGAAAGCAUCAAAGCUGGACGACUCCUGUCCUGCAUUCCGUAUCAGCUAUACAGCAAGCAGUCCUCUGUACAGAAAAGUCUCAACUUUAAUCCUGUGUGCAAACCUGAGGAUCCCCUCCCCGGUCCCAGCAGCAUCACCAAGCAGCUCAACGACAGGGUAAAUCACAUAAUUAAGAAAAUUGAGACGGAAAGUGAAGUCAGAGUUAAUGGAGUGAACAACUGGAAUGAAGAAGCUGCAGAUAAUGACUUUGAUUUUGUGGGGCUGGAGCCUGUCUUCCCAGGAAGAAAACAGAACGGAAUUCCGCAUCCCAGAGGUGGCCGUGCCCUUUGUAAUGGGCACGCCCACAGCUCUCACGGUGCCUUAAAGAGCUUGGACUGCCUGGCGCCCCCCGGCAGCGGUGUCGCCAGCAGGCUGUCCCCAGAGCCCGCCCGGGAGGAGGCCGCGGGGGCCGAGAGGAGCCGCGGCGCCUUCAGAGACUGCGCCGUGCAGCUGGCCCAGCAGAGCACCUGCGGCGCGGACGCUCUGCGGGAUCCACACAGAACUAAGCCCUUCCCCUCGCCACCUUUGCACAGUAACCCUCGAGUCAACGGUGCUCACCACUCCACCGUUCAGGGGCCUUCAAGCACAAAGAGCACUUCGUCAGUACCUUCCCCAAGCAGGGCGGGGCCCUCGGGGCCGCCCAGACCCUCGGACUGCAACUUCAUCUCAGACUUCUACUCCCGGUCGAGACUGCACCACAUAUCCACGUGGAAGUGCGAACUGACUGAGUUUGUCAGUGCGCUGCAGAGGCAGAGUAGUGGUAUCUUCCCAGGAAGGGAAAAGUUAAAAAAAAUGAAAGCAGGCAGGUCCGCACUUGUUGUAGCUGACACAGGAAAUAUGUCAGUAUUGAGUUCACCCAGACAUCAGAGCUGUAUAAUGCAUGUUGAUAUGGAUUGCUUCUUUGUAUCAGUGGGUAUACGAAAUAGACCAGAUCUCAAAGGAAAACCAGUGGCUGUUACAAGUAACAGGGGCACCGGCAGGGCCCCUCUGCGCCCGGGCGCUAACCCUCAGUUGGAGUGGCAGUAUUAUCAGGAUAAGAUCCUGAGAGGCAAAGCAGCAGAAAUACCAGAUCCGUCAGCAUGGGAGAGUCAAGAUUCUGCACAGAUAAAUGGAAUUGAUUCUGUUUUGUCAAAGGCUGAAAUCGCAUCUUGUAGUUAUGAAGCCAGACAAGUUGGCAUUAGGAAUGGAAUGUUUUUCGGGCAAGCCAAACAGCUCUGUCCUAGUCUCCAGGCAGUCCCUUACGACUUCCACGCGUAUAAGGAGGUUGCACGGACGAUGUACGAGACGCUGGCCAGCUACACACACAACAUCGAAGCCGUCAGCUGUGAUGAAGCCCUGGUAGACAUCACCGAGAUCCUCGCUGAGACCAGACUCACGCCUGACGAGUUUGCGAACGCUGUCCGCAUGGAAAUUAAGGACCAGACUAAAUGUGCUGCCUCUGUGGGGAUCGGUUCUAAUAUUCUGCUGGCUAGAAUGGCAACUAGAAAAGCAAAGCCAGAUGGCCAGUACCACUUAAAACCAGAAGAGGUAGACGAUUUCAUCAGAGGCCAGCUAGUCACUAACCUACCAGGAGUUGGGCGUUCAAUGGAGUCCAAGCUGAUGUCUCUGGGGAUCAGGACGUGCGGAGACCUGCAGUACCUGACCAUGGCGAAACUCCAGAAGGAAUUUGGCCCCAAGACCGGCCAGAUGCUUUACAGGUUCUGCCGAGGCUUGGACGACAGACCGGUUCGCACUGAGAAGGAAAGAAAGUCUGUUUCAGCUGAGAUCAACUAUGGAAUAAGGUUUUCCCAGCCGAAAGAAGCAGAAGCUUUUCUUCUGAAUCUUUCAGAAGAAAUUCAGCGGCGCCUUGAAGCUGUGGGCAUGAAGGGUAAACGCCUGACUCUCAAAGUCAUGGUGCGGAAGCCGGGGGCCCCUGUAGAAACGGCCAAAUAUGGAGGCCAUGGCAUCUGUGACAUCACCACCAGGACUGUGACUCUUGACCAGGCAACAGACAGUGCGAAACUCAUUGGCACGGCCACGCUGAACAUGUUUCACGCGAUGAAGCUCAGCAUAGCUGACAUGCGAGGGGUUGGGAUUCACGUGCAUCAGUUGGUUCCAGCGAAUCCAAACCCGCCUGCGUGCCUCAGCCGCCCAGCAGCCCAGCCCAGCCACGGUGCGGGCGGGGCCCCGUCCGUCCUGGAACUCCUGCAGGCCCAGAGGGCGAGGCAGCCCCCGGAAGAGGAGCCCGCAGGAGUAUUUCUGGCUGCGGUGGACCUGGAAAUGCCACCUGCCCCUCGAUCUGGCACUGUGCCCUCUCUGUCUCCACACCUGACGCCGGGUGUCGCGCCUGUCACUACCAGCAAAGCCGAGUGUGCCAGCAAGUGGAACGGGCUGCAUUCUCCCGUCAGCUUAAAGCCAAGACUCAACCUGAGCAUAGAGGUCCCAUCACCUUCCCAGCUCGAUCGCUCCGUCCUGGAGGCUCUCCCGCCCGACCUACGGGAGCAGGUGGAGCAGGCGUGUGCUGUGCAGCAGGCGGAGCCACCGGGCGACCGGAGGAGAGAGCCUGUCAACGGCUGCAGCGCAGGGAUCCUGCCCCAACCCUUGGGGACUGUGCUGCUACAAAUACCGGCACCUCAGGACCCUACCAGCGACACGGGAAUUAAUUUAAUAGCUCUUCCGGCGUUUUCCCAGGUGGACCCAGAGGUGUUUGCGGCUCUCCCUGUGGAGCUUCAGAAGGAGCUGAGAGCAGCCUACGAUCAGAGACAGCGUCAGGGAGAACACAGCCCUCCCCAGCAGCCGGCCGGCGCCCCCGUGCCAAAGAACCCGUUACUGCAGCUAAAACCAGCAGCGGUGAAAGACAAGAAAAGAAACAAGAAAAAAAGUCCCCUCAGCCCCCAAAGAAAGAGUCAGAGCCCUCUGAAAACCACACUGGUGAACAGCCCAGCGAAGACCCUGCCAGGGGCCUGCACAAGCCCCCAGAAGCUCAUUGAUGGGUUUCUAAAACACGAAGGUCCCACGUCAGAGAAACCUCUGGGAGAACUCUCUGCUUCCACUUCAGGUGUUGCUGGCCUUUGUGGGUUGCAGCCUGACGUGUCCACAAGUGUCAGGCCCCCGGCGCCCAACCUGGCUGGAGCCGUGGAGUUCAGUGACGUGAAGACCCUGCUCAGAGAGUGGAUCACCACCAUCUCAGAUCCGAUGGAAGAAGACAUUCUGCAAGUUGUAAAAUACUGCACUGAUCUAAUAGAGGAGAAGGAUUUGGAAAAAUUGGACCUCGUUAUAAAAUACAUGAAAAGGCUGAUGCAGCAAUCGGUGGAGUCGGUUUGGAAUAUGGCGUUUGACUUCAUUCUCGACAAUGUUCAGGUGGUUUUACAGCAAACGUACGGAAGCACACUAAAAGUCACGUGAAGGUGAAUCACCAGGGAGCCUGGCGCUCUCCACUAGCUGUGCCAUAAGUGCUUGUGAGGUAUUUGCAAAGUGCAUGAUAGUAAUGCUCUGAGUUUUAUAAUUUUAAAUUUCUUUUUAAGCAAAGUGUUUUGUACAUUUCUUUUCAGUAAGUGCCAAAUUUGUCAGUAUUGCAUGUAAAUAAUUGUGUUCUUUUACUGUAGCAUAGAUUCUAUUUACAAAAUGUUUGUUUAUAAAGUUUUAUGGAUUUUUACAGUGAAGUGUUUACAGUUGUUUAAUAAAGAACUGUAUGUAUA